AUGCAUUUAAACGCUGCCUCUCUUUUAGUCUCUGGAAAGAAAGAGUUUGAUGUGAAGCAGAUCCUGAAGCUCUGCUGGAGAAGGUUCUGCCACCCCUCGCAGGGCUCCACAGGCUCCGGGGUCUGCCAUCAGCAGGAAGGAUAUGAACACAGAGGUACUCUGGUGCAGAAUAGGUUGAAGAGCCACUCUCGGGACAGAAUUGGGCUGAAGAAGAACAGCAGCCCUGUCCACCACAACAUCCUGGCCCCCGUGCCAGGGCCAAUGCCAGUGCAACACCGAUCCAUCCACACCUGGCACCAGCAGAACCUCAUCGAGCAGCUGCGGUCUAGUGAGGAUAUCCCCAAAGCCAGCACAGAGGGAAACUCUGCUAAAGAAGAUUCAAGUAAAACCACACAGGAGCUGCAAAUGAUCACAGAACAAAACGCAGAUGAAUCUGCAGAGAGGCUGUCCACCACCAGCAGCUCCCUUGGGAUGAGCACCAAUGGCUCUGACGAGUAUUUCCAGUCCAUGAACCACGUGGAGCAAACGUUCCACAAAAUGGAGAAUUACCUGCAGCUGAAGCAGCUCUGUGAUGUGCUCCUUAUCGCUGGCCACCAAAAGAUUCCAGCCCACAGGCUGGUUCUCAGCGCAGUUUCUGAUUACUUUGCUGUGAUGUUCACCAACGAUGUGCGGAAAGCAAAGCAGGAGGAGAUCAAGAUGGAGGAAGUGGAUCCUGAGGCGCUGAAGGCUCUGGUGUGCUACACCUACACAGGUAUCCUUGAGUUAAAGAAAGACACUAUAGAGAGUUUGGUGGCUGCCGCACGACUUCUGCAGCUCUCCCAGGUCAUUGAGGUGUGCUGCAACUUCCUCAUGAAGCAGCUCCACCCUUCCAACUGCCUGGGGAUCCGCUCGUUUGGGGACACCCAGGGCUGCAAUGAGCUCCUGAAGGUGCCCCACACACUCACCAUGGAACACUUCAUAGAAGUAAUAAAAAACCAGGAAUUUCUUUUGCUCCCAGCUAAUGAAAUUGCCAAGCUCUUGUCUAGCAAUGACAUCAAUGUGCCGGAUGAAGAGACAAUUUUGCAGGCCCUGAUGAUGUGGGUGAGGCACGACCUGCAAAACUGACAGCAGGACCUGGGGAUCCUCCUCUCCUACAUCAGACUGCCCCUACUGCCACCUCAGCUACUGGCUGAUCUAGAAAGCAGCCCAAUGUUUGCAGAUGACCUUGAGUGUCAGAAACUUCUCAUGGAGGCCAUGAAGUACCACCUGCUGCCGAGACGCUCCAUGAUGCAGAGCCCUCGAACCAAGCCCAGAAAAUCCAUGGUGGGUGCCCUUUAUGCUGUGGGCGGCAUGGAUGCCACUAAAGGCACCACCACAAUUGAGAAAUAUGACCUCAGGACCAACAGCUGGAUCCAAAUUGGGACCAUGAAUGGCCGGCGGCUGCAGUUUGGGGUUGCAGUGAUUGACAACAAGCUCUACGUUGUGGGGGGCAGGGAUGGGCUCAAAACCUCCAACACUGUCGAGUCCUUCAACCCUCUCACCAAGUCUUGGACUGUGAUGCCCCCAAUGUCAACACACAGGCACGGCCUGGGAGUAGCAAUGCUUGAAGGACCAAUGUAUGCAGUUGGUGGCCAUGAUGGGUGGAGUUACCUCAACACAGUGGAGCGCUGGGACCCGCAGGCAUGGCAGUGGAAUUAUGUGGCCAGCAUGUCCACCCCAAGGAGCACUGUUGGGGUUGCAGCACUCAACAGCAAGCUAUAUGCAGUUGGUGGGCAAGAUGGGAGCUCCUGCCUGAAAUCCAUGGAGUGUUUUGAUCCUCAUACAAACAAGUGGAGUUUAUGUGCCUCCAUGUCCAAGAGGAGAGGUGGUGUCGGUGUGGCCACCUACAGUGGGUUUUUGUACGCCGUGGGAGGUCAUGAUGCUCCUGCUUCUAACCACUGCUCCCACCUGCCUGACUGUGUGGAGAGGUAUGACCCCAAAACAGAUGCUUGGACCACAGUGGCCCCUCUGAGUGUGCCUCGGGACGCGUUUGGGAUCUGUCCCCUGGGGGACAGGCUGUAUGCAGUGCGGGGCUAUGAUGGCCACUUCUACCUGGACACCGUGGAGUCCUAUGAUGCUCAGAACAACCAGUGGACAGAGGAAAUUCCUGUCAACAUUGGCAGGGCUGGAGCAUGUGUUGUCAUUGUGAAGUUGCCCUGAGGACUGUAAAUUAUUGUGAAACUGAACUGAGUGGAGUCCCAGAAGACAAGAAACAUUUCCAGGAGCAGUACAGACUGCACACACCUCAGCAGUCCUCCCUUACAAACAAUAUUUAUCCCUGAGCUGUCACACUAUUACAGCACAGAAGUGUCUUCCUGCAUCACAAAAAUCAGAA